AUGUAUACUUAUGUGAAUAUUAGGCAUACCCCUGUUGAUUUUGGACAACACCAGAAUCUUCGACUGAGAGUCUUGUACUCUUACGAGGCGGUGAUCAGUGGGUUCGCUGCAAAGCUCAUAGCUGAGGAAGCUGCAAAGCUCUCUGCGGUUCCAGGAAUUGUCUCUGUUUAUGAAGACACAGACAGAUUUCAGCUUCUGACCACCCGCUCUCCUGGGUUUCUGGGCCUCGAUUUUAGUAAUGGAAUCUGGCCAGAGACAGGUUAUGGAGAAGAUAUUGUCAUUGGAUUCAUUGAUUCUGGCAUUUGGCCGGAAAGUGCAAGCUUUAGUGACGACGGGCUUGGACCCAUUCCACCCCAUUGGAAGGGAGAGUGCGAAGAAGGAGAGCAAUUCAACCGUAGCUGUUGCAUCAAGAAAUUGAUCGGUGUGAGAAUGUUCCCCCGUGGCAUGGAGGCAAUUCAUGGUCCGCUUGACAUUGCCAUUGGCGAACUUGAUUAUUCGUCUCUAGGAGAUUCAGUGGACCAUGAAACCCACGUUGCUUCAACUGCUACUGGUACAGAGGUCUCACAUGCAAGUCUGUUUGGAUUUGCAAAUGGCACAGCCCGAGGUGUGGCAACAAAGGCCAGGAUCGCCAUGUACAAGGUGUCCUGGCUCAUAGGAAAUGAACAGAAAUCUACUUCAUCUGAUAUUCUUGCUGUUAUAGACAAAGCAAUUCAAGAUGGUGUACAUUGCUUGUCCUUAUCCAUUGGUUCUCUAUAUCAGUCCUACCACAAGAACUUUAUUUCUCUUGGGGCUUUCACUGCUAUGAGGAAAGGAAUCUUUGUUUCAGCUGCAGUUGGAAAUUCAGGACUAACAUUUUCUGUUGACAAUACCACACCAUGGAUGACCACUGUAGCUGUUGGAACGAUCGAUCGAACUUUCAUGGGUAAAUUCAUGCUUGGCAAGAGUGAGGUUCUCCUGGGAACUUCUUUUGUGUAUGAUCUGAAGGUUAGUAGCAAUCGUUCUUAA